AUGGCGACAAACUUACAGUACGAAGUUAUCAUCAUCGGCUCUGGCCAAUCCGGCACGCCCUUUGCCGCCGCAUUUGCGAAAGCUGGACAAAAAACAGCGCUGAUUGAACGCGAGCAUAUCGGUGGAAGCUGUAUUAAUGAAGGCUGUACACCGACAAAAACGUUAAUUGCAUCGGGUCGCAUCGCCUAUCUAGUUCGUAAGGGACUAGAUUAUGGUAUACACACUUGUCAGCACGAGACCGAUGUGAAUGUGGCCGUGGUCGAUAUGCUCAAGGUCCGCCAACGGAAACGCAACAUCGUCGCCUCAUUCCGCGGUGGUAGUGAGACUAAGUUAAGAGACGCUGGCGUGGAUACCCUAAUAGGUGAGGCGACUUUUGUGGACGAGAAGACACUCGAGUAUAAAGAUAGUGGUGGCAAUGUGAGAACUAUCCAAAGCCAGAAGAUAUUCAUCAAUGUCGGAGCACGACCUGCACCGCCACUCCUCGAAGGGAUCGGCUUGCUUGAUCGAAGAGCAGUCUUAGAUUCCACGUCAAUUCAAGAGCUAGACGAGGUUCCUAGCCACCUCGUGGUGAUUGGAGGAGGGUAUGUGGGAGUGGAAUUUGCACAAUUGUUUCGUAGACUAGGUGCACAGGUUACUAUAAUCCAGCGUGGAAGACAAUUACUACCGCACGAGGACGAAGAAAUUGCUCACCUACUGCGAAAUAUUUUUCAAGAGGAUGGACUUGCGGUACACUUGAACUCUGACCCUGUCAGAAUUGCGCCGUCGCCUAGCGGGUUUACUCUUUAUUUCCACGUCAAUAAUGGCGAUCGAACCGUCGAAGGAACGCAUAUCCUAUUCGCUACUGGCCGCAUUCCAAAUACAGACAGUUUAAAGCCAGAAGCUGCAGGUAUCGACACCGACAAGAAAGGUUAUAUUGUGACAAACGAAUAUCUCGAGACUUCGUCUCCUUCUAUUUUUGCAAUAGGCGACGUGAAAGGACCACCGGCAUUCACGCAUAUCUCGUACGACGACUUUCGCAUCCUUCGGUCUAACAUGCUUUCAUUACCACCUACGAGGCUCUCUACCAAAGACCGCAUUGUCCCGUACGUGGUGUUCACUGAUCCCCAACUAGCGCACGUCGGCCUCCAUGAGAAGGAAGCUCGUGUAAAGUUCCCCAACAAGAGGAUUCAAACUGCGAAAAUGCCGAUGGCAUACAUCGCCCGCGCACUAGAAACGGACGAGUCGAGAGGAAUGAUGAAAGCUGUCGUGGACGGUGAUAUAGGGUUGAUUCUAGGGUUUUCCUGCUUGGGCAUCGAGGGUGGCGAAAUCAUGAGCAUGGUGGAAGUAGCGAUGAUCGGAAAUGUUCCCUACCAAAAAUUGCGAGAUGCAGUCUUGGCCCAUCCCACUCUAGCAGAGAGCCCAAUAUACUGA